GGGAGAAGAAAACGUCUCAUCUUCUCAGGAACAACUGUGACUGACUCAGAAGGAUGACUGCUGCCACAAAAGAAGGCACUCGUGACAUUAAACUGCUAACUACCAUAAAACACUGACGAAGAAGAAGAAGACGACAACAUCGGGGACAAGAAAUGGAUGAGAACGUAGAUCAGCUGGAGUGGGAGACCUUUUCUUGUCCGAUGUGUCUGGAUCUGUUGAAAGAUCCAGUGGCUAUUUUCUGUGGACACAGCUACUGUAUGAACUGCAUUCAAUCCCACUGGGACACGGAGAGUGGGAUUUACAGCUGCCUUCAGUGCACACAGACCGUCCUUGGAAGACCGAGACUGAUGAAGAACAUCUUGUUAGCAGAUCUGGUGGAGCAGCUGAGGAAAAGUGCAGUCCAAGCUGCUCCUGCUGAUCACUGCUAUGCUGGAGCUGAAGACGUGUCCUGUGACGUCUGCACUGGCAGGAAACUGAAGGCUGCCAUGUCCUGUUUGAACUGUUUGGCCUCAUACUGUGAGAAACACCUCCAGCCUCAUUAUGAAUCCCCUCCAUUUAAAAAACACAAGCUCGUGGACCCCUGCAAGAAGCUCCAGAAGAACAUCUGCCCCCAACACAAUAAGAUGAUGGACAUGUUCUGCUUCACUGAUCACCAGCAUAUCUGUUAUCUCUGCUCUGUGGACAAACACAAAGGUCACGACACGGUCACAGCUGCAGCAGGAAGGAUGCAGAAGCAGAAAGAGCUCGAUCUGAGUCUAGAAGAAAUCCAGCAGAGGCUCCAGGACCGAAAGAAAGACGUGGAGAUGAUUGAACAGAAGGGAAAGGACGUCAAUCUCUCCGUGUUUAGAGCCCUGGAGGACAAUGAGAACAUCUUCACUGAGCUGAUCCAACUCCUGAAGAAAACGCGCUCUGGUGUGAUGCAGCGGCUCAGAUCCCAGCACGAGCCUGAAGAGAGAAGAUUCAAAGAUCUUCAGGAGAAGCUGCAGCAGGAGAUCACUGAGCUGAAGAGGAAAGUCACUGAACUGAAGCAGCUCUCACUCAUACAGGAUCACAACCAGUUCCUACUCAACUACUGCUCACUGUCAGCACCACUCGGUCCGUCCACUCAUUCGUUCAGCAUCAACAUCGCUCCUGCGAGAUUCUGCGAAGACGUGACCGCUGCUUUGUCACAGGUCAGAGGCCAAGUACAGGACGUUCUGACCGGGACAUGGACACACAUUGGACUGACAUUGAAUCAAGAUGAUGUUUUACUGCCACAACCAGAGCCCAGGACCAGAGUGGAAUUCUUACAGUAUUCACGGGAAAUCACGAUGGAUCCAAACACAUUAAACACAUGGAUAAUAUUAUCUGAGGGAAACAGAAAAGUGACAUUAAUGAAUCACAGACAGUCUUAUUCUACUCACCCAGACAGAUUUACUGACUGGUAUCAGGUCCUGAGUCGAGAGAGUCUGACUGGACGGUGUUACUGGGAGGUGGAGUAUCGAGGAUUAGGAGUUUAUGUAGCAGUCACAUACAAGACCUUCAGGAGAGCAGGGAAAUCGGUGAAAGGUGUAUUUGGAUUCAAUGACAAAUCAUGGGCGUUAUGUCUUGGCUCCCGUUGUUAUUACUUACUUCAUAGCAGUAUCAGCACGAAAGUCUCAGAUGGAUUGUCCUCCAGACUAGGAGUGUACCUGGACCAUAGUGCAGGUCUUCUGUCGUUUUACAGCGUCUCGAACACCAUGACUCUCCUCCACAGAGUCCAGACCACAUUCACCCAGCCUCUCUAUGUUGGAGUCGGGUUUAAGCAUUAUCUUCCUGGAGCCACUGCCGAGUUCUGUGACGUGUAAAUAUAGACCAGCAAGGCCUGUGAUAAGCUUGUGUCAUUGUCAUCUUCUGCUAAUCCAGGUCUGGGUCGUGGGAGCAGCAGCCUUAGCAGCCUUAGCAAGGUAGCAAGGGGGAUCCAAGGCGUUCCCAGACCAGCUGAGAGUUAUAAUACCUCCAGCGUGUUCUGAGUGAGCCCCAAGGUCUUGUCCUGGAAGCACAUGCCAGAACCACCUCCCCACCAAGUCACAAAACAACACAUUUGAACUUACUGAUGGAGGUGUGAAAUCACUGAUUUUCACUAUGGACUUUGAUACAGGUAGAAAGUUAAGUCUCCAACCAAAAAGGUCUCACCUGCUUUAUCAGCAAAGUAUUGUUAUGAUUUCCUAGAAUUUUUUAAAUUAUAUUUCAGAGAAAAUCGAAAACAACCCUUAUUUUUUCUUUUUUUUUUCUUUACUGAAUUGUCCGUGUUACCGUGUUACUUAUGUCUACGA